GGAAAUAAACAAACGACGUACGGUAUACGCGCUCUCAAAGCGCAAACUUACAGUAAGAUCAAACUGUGAACUUUAUACAGGUGCUCCUGCACUUUUAAAGAAGAACGAUGACCGCUUUAUCCUGUCUGUCUGUGGUCUUAUUGUUUUAUAUCUUCUGCCUCACAGCAGUGUUGUCAGAGAAGGUCCCGGCCCCUGAGAAUGUGAGAAUGACAUCUCUGAACAAGGGAUUAAUUUUGGAAUGGGAUCCACCACAAAACACCACGAAUACACUCUUCAACUACACUGCUGAAAUGAAAGGAUGGAAUAUGUAUAAGCCAGUGUGUCUAAGCAGCUCAUCACUAAGCUGUGAUUUCACUGACAAAGUUUCAGUUUUUGGAACCUAUCAACUUCGUGUUCAGGCAGAGCUACAUGGAGAAAUGUCUGAUUGGGUGGAAACUGAAAAGUUAUCAGUGGAUGAAAUAUCUGAGAUUAGCACUCCUCAUGUACAACUGAGAAGCAGAAAAGGACAAACAGAAGUUGGUAUCACUGAUCCUCCUAUGAAAAAAAAAGAAUUUGAGGGAUGUCUUUGUAAUCUCAUUCGUUUCUGGAAAAAUGGAGAAACAAAAAAGGAAGAACUAAUAAGAGAGCAGAACAGAGUUAUGUUACCAAGACUGGAGCCUCUUGUAAACUACUGCGUUGAAGUAGAGAUUUUGUAUUUGAGCAAUACAAGUCAGACCAGCAACUUCACCUGUUUAACCAACACCUCCAGCAAUGAAGUAGAGUCCUGGCUUAUAGCAGUUGUGCUCCUGGUCAGUUUUCUGGUGGUGUUAGUCGCUGUUGUCCUGAUCUUUCUGGCUGUGUGGUUUGGCUACAGAGGAUGCAGAAUUAUUUUCCCUGAUGCUGACCUGCCAGAGGACCUAAAAAAAUUUUGGUCACAACGGUCUUCAAUACUUUCGGCCAUGCAGGAGAGCACGCCGUUGAAGGAGCACUUUUGUGAGCUAAGGAUAUUGCACAAGGAGCUAAACAGCUCUCAGGAAAAUCAGCAGAUAGAAGGACCAAUCAGGAUUCAGACACAUAAGAAUGAGUUUUGUAUAGGAGCCGAUGUAAAACAGAGCAGUGAGGAGAAAUCUGAAAUGAUCAUCACAACAGAACAGAAGCCCUUGCUUGCUGAAAUGAGACUGUAGUAAUACGGUAUCAAAGUCAAUGAUUAUUGAUCAUUUAUUUUGCCAACUUAAACUAUUCUGUGAAAACAAAAUGUCAUGUCAUCUAGGGCUGGACUGACAAUGUUUUUGUUUGUAUUUAUUCAGUCUUCAUUUUGAUGAACCGAUAUUGAUUCUUAAAUCCCAAGAAUCUAUUUUUUUAAUAUAUGCUGUUUUUCAGUUGAUGUAUGAACAAAACGAUACACUAAACAUUAGCUUUGUUACAAAGUCCCAGCUUUCAAAUUCUGUCAAUUGUAUAACACAAUUGAAACAAUAAAUGGCGUAUUGGCACUGCUUUAUUUAGCGCAAUAGACCGCUGUAGCCGCCUCGGUUUGGCAGCAAUCGUGAACCGGUCAUCUCUUUCUUUCAAAAAGUAAAUGUUCUGUAACAGGGAGCUAUUUUAUGCUGUUUAUAACAACCAAAGUUUCCCUUCACAAAAAUUCAAAACAAAAGCAUGUCCAUAGCCGACAAUCUGUCUCUACUUUUCCACCAUGUUGUUUCCAGACCAAAAUGGGGGAGCAACAAUAUUGGACAGACAUGUUUUUAAAGUGCACUGAC